AGCGCGCUCGGGUGCGGCUGUGACCUCAGAGCCCGCGUCUCUCCGCGAGCUGCUGCCACCCGAUCCCCUCCAUCUCGCCGUCCCCGCACCAUGGAGUCGAUGGCCUUACCCCGGCGCGCGGGCCAGGCUACCUCGGCCUCCGCCCUGGCCACGGAGCGCGCCCGGCCUCUGGCGGAUGGGCUCAUCAAGUCACCCAAACCCCUGAUGAAGAAGCAGGCAGUGAAGCGGCACCAUCACAAGCACAACCUGCGGCACCGCUACGAGUUCCUGGAGACCCUGGGCAAGGGCACCUACGGGAAGGUGAAGAAGGCACGAGAGAGCUCGGGACGCUUGGUGGCCAUCAAGUCAAUCCGGAAAGACAAAAUCAAAGAUGAGCAGGAUCUAUUGCAUAUAAGGAGGGAGAUUGAGAUCAUGUCAUCACUCAACCACCCCCACAUCAUUGCCAUCCAUGAAGUGUUUGAGAAUAGCAGCAAGAUCGUGAUCGUCAUGGAGUAUGCCAGCCGUGGCGAUCUGUACGAUUACAUCAGUGAACGGCCACGGCUGAGUGAGCGGGAUGCCAGGCACUUCUUCCGCCAGAUCGUCUCUGCCCUGCACUACUGCCACCAGAACGGGAUUGUUCACCGUGACCUCAAGCUGGAGAAUAUACUUCUAGACUCCAGUGGGAAUAUCAAGAUUGCUGACUUUGGACUCUCCAAUCUGUACCACAAAGGCAGGUUCCUGCAGACAUUCUGUGGGAGCCCUCUCUAUGCCUCACCUGAGAUUGUCAAUGGGAAGCCCUAUGUGGGCCCAGAGGUGGACAGCUGGUCUCUGGGCGUUCUCCUAUACAUCCUGGUGCAUGGCACCAUGCCCUUUGAUGGGCAAGAUCAUAAAACAUUGGUGAAGCAAAUCAGCAGUGGGGCUUACCAUGAGCCAUCGAAGCCGUCUGAUGCCUGUGGUCUGAUCCGGUGGCUGUUGAUGGUGAAUCCCACCCGUCGGGCCACACUGGAGGAUGUAGCCAGUCACUGGUGGGUCAACUGGGGCUACACCACCCGAAUUGGGGAACAGGAAGCUCUGCGUGAGAGUGGACACCCUGCCGGUGACUCUGGUCGGGCCUCCAUGGCCGACUGGCUACGGCGCUCCUCCCGGCCCCUCCUGGAAAAUGGGGCCAAGGUGUGUAGCUUCUUCAAGCAGCAUGUGCCGGGAGGUGGAAGCACUGUGCCUGGGCUGGAACGGCAGCAUUCUCUUAAGAAGUCCCGGAAGGAGAAUGACAUGGCUCAGACUCUGCAGGUUGACCCAGCUGAGGAUACCUCCCCUCGUGUCGGCAGGAGCAGCCUCAAGCUUCCAAAAGGCAUUCUCAAGAAAAAGGCCUCUACCUCCUCAGGGGUGGAACAGGAGGACCCCCAGGAGCCCAGUCCAGUGCUUGAUACCCCAGGGCAACGUGCCCCUGCUGUAUCCCUGCUCCCGAGGAAGGGCAUCCUCAAGAAGUCUCGGCAGCGAGAGUCUGGUUACUAUUCUUCUCCAGAGCCCAGCGAGUCUGGGGAACUCUUGGACACUGGUGAUGUGUUUGUGAGUGGGGACCCCGUGGAGCAAAAGUCUCCAGAAGCUUCAGGGCUUCUCCACCGAAAGGGCAUUCUCAAACUCAACGGCAAGUUCUCCCGCACAGCCUUAGAAGGCACCACUACUAGCACCUUUGGCUCCCUGGAUCAAUUGGCCUCCCGUCAUCCUGCAGCCCGGGCCAGCCGCCCCUCAGGGGCUGUGAGCGAGGACAGCAUCCUGUCCUCUGAGUCCUUUGACCAGUUGGACUUGCCCGAGUGGCUUCCUGAAACCCCACUGAGGGGAUGUGUGUCUGUGGACAACCUCAGGCGACUUGAGCUGGCGCCCUCACAAGGCCUGAGGCGAUGGUGGCAGGAACCCCUCGGGGAGAGCUGCUUUUCUCUGACAGACUGCCAAGAGGUGACCGGAGCCUAUAAGCAAGCCCUGGGAAUCUGCUCAAAGCUGAGCUGAGGACCACUGUGCCCCAGUAUGGGGUAGGCUCUAAAAGGGUUUGCAGAGGAACCCUGGGUAGGAUUCCUGGGGCACUGGGGGAGUAGAGUGCAUCAAGGGCUCUAUGUCUAAAGCCUGAUUGAACCAGGAAGAUGAGGAGGUAAAUAGCACAGAUGUGGAAAGGAAUGUGAAGGGCCCACGGAGUCCAGGCUGCCAGAAGUUUUUAGUGGGGCCACAGAGACCUGAAGAGCACCCAAUCCGUGCUACCUCCUUUACCGUGAGUGUUACCCAUGGCACAUUUUCCCACCUGUUCUCUGCCAGUGUCAGGGUGCAUCUUCACACAAGUUCCUGUUCCCAUCCACCACCAGAGUGUGCGCCCUGACAAGCCUGGGGGUGUUGACUGGAAUAACCUCUCCUCCCUUAUUCAAAGAGGAAGCAGCCUCUGGUUUCUGUCUCCCAGACCUGAGCCACCCAGAGUCAGUCACUGUGCAUCUCAAAGACCUAUAAAGUCUCUUCCGGCUGCUGUUUGUUUCUCGGUGGGUCUGAUGCCUCUGAACUCACCUUAGAUCUCAGAGACUCAAGCCUGAAGCUGCUCCUGCUCUCCAGACUACGGAUGUCUCUGUUUCUUGGGCCAGCAGGACCUAGAAUGUGCUGAUUUAUUUAUUUUUGUGAUUCUCAAUUCUGGUGGUUUUUUGUUUUGUUUUGUUUUGUUUUUUAAGUGAAUUUUGCUGCUUUUAGUAAUGUGAAUGCUGUGUUCAAGGGAAAGCCACUGUGCCACUGAAGCUUAUGUACAGAACUUUUUGGCCAUGAUGUCCCUCUAAUCAAGAGGGGAGGGCUUUUUUAAAUUUAUGUCUUGAGCACUGUCUGGAUUGGGUAACCAGUCCCUUCACAGCAGAGGCUGUCCACUCUCCCUCAUCUGUGGCCAAAAAAACCUCAUUAAAACUAGCAUGUUGA